CUAAGGUAGCUUGUUGCUGCUGCUGACGUCCUCGCAAUCGAGCAAGCAUUAUUGCAUAAAACGCAACAAGUAGAUUUAACUUCGUUUUUUUGUUUGAAACAAUGUCUUUUGUUUCACAUUGCCAGAAAGACACAAAGGCAACGUACACUUUCUCGAGUCGGCCCAGGCCUGUGGAGAACCGCUCCAAAUACAGAGAAAAGCCGACAGAAAAGGCACACAGUACUUAUGGAAACAUCAUGUAUGAUCGCCGUGUCAUCAGGGGAAACACUUAUGCCCAACGCUUUCUAUCAACUAUGGUGCAGGAAGACCUCGCUGAAAUGCAAAGACACCAAGAAAUAAGGAGGGCCACAGUUCAAAAAAAGAAAACCAAGGAACAGCUGCGGUCUUCCACUCCGGAGGCCGUACAAGGCAGAACGCACAAUGUUGUGCAAACGGAACUUUAUCUGGAAGAGUUGAGCUACAACAUUGAGGUUUCACACAUCGAGUGUCAAACUGAUCCUCUCCUGGACAGACCAGCAACGCCGCUUUUUAUACCCGCCAAAUCGGGCAACGAUGUUGCAACACAAAUAGUAGAGGGGGAGUUGUUCGACUUUGACAGAGAAGUGCAGCCCUUGCUGGAGGUGCUGGUGGGGAAGACCAUUGAGCAGUCUCUGCUGGAGGUGAUGGAGGAGGAGGAGCUGGCCUGUCUGAGGACCCAGCAGAGGGCCUUUGAGGAGCUCCGCAAUGCCGAGUUGGCUGAGCUGCAGCGCCUACAGGAGCGAGAGAGGCGCCACAGGGAGGAAAAGGAGCGCCGUAUUGCCCAACAGAGGGAAGCACUAAGGAUGGAAAAAGAGACUGUGGAAAAGAUUGCAGCACAAGCCUACACCCAGCAGUACUUGGCUGAUCUUGUCCCAACAGUUUUUAAGUCCCUCAGGAUCAACGGCUACUUCUAUGACCGAGUGGAGAAAGAUAUUGAGAGAAACCUUUUCCCAUGGCUAAUGGCUGAGGUGAACAACAAAUUAGAAAAGAGAAAUACUGCAAGGCAAAUACUGGAUACAAUCAUCCAUGAUGUGGCCCUGAAAAAACUUCCUCUCUAUACACAAUUAGAAUCACGGCUAGAGACGUCGAGGCUUGUAUUCUUAAAAAAAUAAAAAUAAUAAUGACCAUGUUUGUGAUUAACAUGUAACGUAAAGAGACACUUUGUCUUAGGCAUGCAGUGUUCUAGCCCCUACUUGCAAAGUUUUAUCAUAUUUCUUUAUAUUUCAUAAUGAUCUCUUCUAAAAUUGCAACAUAAUCCAAUCAUGCAUAAAAAUAACUCAGUUGUAACACAUGUAGGUCGUGCUACCUACCUUUGUUGUGAACGUACCAAUAUGGAUUAAAACCUGUAACUGUUAAAGAAUACAAGGGAAUGAUUCUGGUUUAUUUAAUACUAUAAUGCCAACAAAUACAGGUCCAUUGACAUCAUAUAGCUAUAAUGACGCAUGAAUGACGUGAGGAGUAUCGUUCGUAAUAAAGAAAGAAAAAAGUAAAGAAACAAAGCAAAAAUAGGCGUAGUUGUCAUGACCAUGCCCAUUGGAUAAGGCAAGCACUUUCUUGAAGAUUUUAAAUUAUAUUUAUCAUAAAUUACACAGCUUCCUGUAUUUUUGGAUUUACGUACCACAAUAAAAGUACUGGACGACGGAUUGACAAUGCAAAUCAUGCAGAGUUGUUCAUUUGGUGGAAAGAAACAUGUAAGAAAAUCGCUUAGUGUAUAAUCAUCGCAUUCACUUACAUUUAUUGGCUAUUUACAAAAUGUUAGAUAUAGGCGUUUACAUUUAUUUUGAAACCCAAUCCUUGUCGUUUCCUGCGCUUCUUUUGCUCGGAUAUUGCGAGCUUGUCAGUCGUGGACCUCAUUCAUUGUUGACGAUGAAUGUCACCCGCACUAGCGCAAAGAGGUUCCCUUCAGACGGCUUGCAGUAACACCCAAGAGGCCCAAACUUGUUCCAACUCUUGUUCGCUCUCGACGAAGGUACCGUGACUACACGGGGGUCUGACUAAUAUUAUCCCCUUCUCGGGCGAAAGGCGACUAAACGA